UGAGAAUGGAACCGUAAAGAUGGCCAAGUGAAAGAUUAGGACACAACAUAGAUUCGUAAAGCGUCCGCAUUCACAUUUCAUUGAAGAAUCCAUUGACGCGUUAAACUAAAGAAAGUAGUUUCCUCCGACAUCGGCGCCAUUAAAGUACCCGAAUCCUGCUGUCUUCCCGCUGUUUCCUUAUGAUUCAGCCGGUGAAUUUUCAUAUAUAUAUGUUUGUGUGUGUGUGUGUGUAUACGUAUAGACACACACACAUAUAGCAUAUAUUGAUAGAUUUGGAGAGAGAGAGAAAGAGAGAGAGAGAGAGAGAGAGAGAGAGGAACAGAGAAAGAGAUAGAGAUGAGGAUUGAGAAGGCGAGAGGGUUCCUGGAGGAUCUGAUAGAGAAGGCGGGGGGUUGCGCCGUCGUAGACGGAGGCUUUGCCACCCAGCUCGAGAAGCACGGCGCCGCCAUCAAUGACUCUCUUUGGAGCGCUGUUUGCUUGAUGAAAGACCCGGAUCUCAUCAAACGGGUUCAUUUGGAGUAUUUGGAGGCUGGUGCAGACAUAUUAGUGACUUCUUCUUAUCAGGCCACCCUUCCAGGAUUCAUGUCAAAGGGAUUAUCCAUUGAAGAAGCCGAAUCAUUGCUCAAAAAGAGUGUCAAACUGGCUGUGGAUGCGCGUGACAAGUUCUGGGAUGCCAAGAGAAGAGUUUCUGGGCAUAGCUAUAACAGGGCUUUGGUUGCAGCCUCCAUUGGAAGCUAUGGAGCUUAUCUUGCCGACGGUUCAGAGUACAGUGGAAAUUAUGGACCUAAUGUGGAUUUAGAGAAGCUGAAGGACUUCCACCGCCGGAGAUUGCAAGUUAUUGUGGAGGCAGGGCCUGAUUUGCUUGCUUUUGAGACCAUCCCCAAUAAACUAGAAGCUCAGGCCUGCGUCGAGUUGCUUGAAGAAGAAAACAUCGAAAUCCCAGCUUGGAUCUGUUUCAGCUCUGUAGAUGGCGACAAUGCACCUUCAGGAGAGAGCUUCAAGGACUGCAUUGAUAUUAUAAAUGGCAGCCAGAGAGUUGCAGCCAUUGGAAUCAAUUGCGCGCCACCCCAUUUUAUCCAGGGUCUAAUUGAGAAAUUUAAGCAGCUAACUGAGAAGAUUAUAGUUGUUUAUCCCAAUAGCGGCGAGGUAUGGGAUGGCAGAGCUAAGAAAUGGCUGCCAUCAAAGUGUUUUGGCGAUGACAAGUUGAAUUUGUUGGCCACAAGAUGGCGCGACUCGGGAGCUAAACUCAUUGGAGGAUGUUGUCGAACUACGCCUUCUACCAUUCUAGCCAUCUCCAAGGCCAUGAACUGAUUAGGCAAAGCUGCAGAUGACAAAAAUAUAGCAACGGGCCUUGAAGUAGGAGUAGAGCUGUCCCAACCAAUUUGGGGGCUCUAGGUGAAAAAAGUUUUUGAGACUUUUUUAAAAGUAUUAAUUUUUUAUAAAAAAUAAAUAAUACAUAUUUUUUUCAAAAAAAAUUAUCAUUUCAUUAAAUUAAAAAAAAAGUUGAAGGUCAAUCCACUACAAAAUUCAUUAAUUUUUUAUUUCAAUCAAUUACAUAAUUGAUGUCAUUUUUUAUUUUUAUUUAUUAUUUUUUUUUAAAAAAACUUGAAAAUAUCUUUUAAUUUUACUAAAUUUGUAUUCAACGUCAAAU